UUUGCCCUUUCAAUUUUUCCUUAAGUUCACCAUCACAAUGUUUAGGUACUCGAUACUUUUCCUCGCUGCAGUUUUGUUCCUCGCCAACGCUCAUGCACUCACGCCUGUAGCUGCAACUCACGCUGAUUUGAACAACUUCAAAGCCAGGAUGUUGAGGUUGGUUCCAACCGGACCCAACCCAGGUUCUCCUCAUGCCGCACUAAACCAGGACCCAACCCGGGGCCUUCCUCUUGCUGCCGCUGAUUUGAACAAGUUCAAAGGCGGGAUGUUGAGGUUGGUUCCAAGCGGACCCAACCCAGGCUCUCCUCAUGCCGCACUAAACCAGGAACCAACCCAGGGCCUUCCUCUUGCUGCCGCUGAUUUGAACAAGUUCAAAGGCGGGAUGUUGAGGUUGGUUCCAAGCGGACCCAACCCAGGUUCUCCUCAUGCCGCUCAAAGCAAGGACGAUGCUCAUCAGCAAAUAACUGAACCUUGAUAUUUGCCACAAUCAAUAGACCCAACCCAAGUUCUCUUCCCCUUUAUGUUUUAUUAAUCCUAUAAAUGGAAACUAUGUUAAAUGGUUUUGAUGGGAGUAGGACUUUGGAUUAUGUUUAUGAUUUGUGUGCGUUUAAUUAUUUCCAGUCUGAUAAUGAUUGGUUUUAUGUGUUUUAGA